AAAUCUCGCGAGAUGUAGAGUGGCAGUCGCUUGUCCAGAGGGGCGGAGGCCCAGGAGGGUACCACGUGGGAACUGUCGGAGCUGAAUCUCCCUCGGGCGUCCCGUUUGGGUCCAGGUUGGCAUUGAAACCGUGGAGAUGAGGAAGGAAACCCCGCCUCCUCUAGUACCCCCGGAGGAUCGCGAGUGGAACCUGCCCCCUAAUGCGCCCGCCUGUAUGGAGCGGCAGUUGGAGGCUGCGCGGUACCGGUCGGACGGGGCGCUCCUGCUCGGGGCCUCCAGCCUGAGUGGCCGCUGCUGGGCUGGCUCCCUCUGGUUUUUCAAGGACCCUUGUGCCGCCCCCAACGAAGGUUUCUGUUCCGCUGGAGUCCAGACGGAGGCUGGAGUGGCUGACCUCACGUGGGUGGGGGACAGAGGUAUCCUAGUGGCUUCCGAUUCAGGUGCUGUUGAGUUGUGGGAGCUAGAUGAGAAUGAGACGCUCAUUGUCAGCAAGUUCUGCAAGUACGAGCACGAUGACAUAGUGUGUGCCGUCAGUGUCCUGAGCUCCGGCGCGCAGGCUGUCAGCGGGAGCAAAGACUUCUGCAUCAAGGUUUGGGACCUCGCUCAGCAGAUGGUACUGAAUUCAUACCGGGCUCACUCUGGGCAGGUCACCUGUGUUGCUGCCUCCCCCCACCAGGACUCCAUGUUUCUUUCGUGCAGUGAGGACAGUAGAAUUUUACUCUGGGAUACCCGCUGUCCCAAGCCAGCAUCGCAGAUGGGCUGCGCAGCCUCUGGCUACCUUCCUACCUCCCUGGCUUGGCACCCUCAGCAGAGCGAAGUCUUUGUCUUGGGCGAUGAGAAUGGGACUAUCUCCCUUGUGGACACCAAGAGUGCAAGCUGUGUCCUCAGCUCAGCCGUGCACUCCCAGUGUGUCACCAGGCUGGUGUUCUCCCCACACAGUGCCCCCCUCCUGGCCUCUGUCAGUGAAGACUGCUCCCUCGCUGUGCUGGACGCCAGCCUGUCCCAGGUGUUUAGAAGUCGAGCCCACAGAGACUUUGUGAGAGAUGCCACUUGGUCUUCACUCAAUCACUCCCUCCUCACCACCGUGGGCUGGGACCACCAGGUCAUCCACCACCUGCUGCCCACAGAGCCUCUCUCAGCCCCUGGACCUAACAGUGUUGCCGACUAGAUUGGAUUUAAGACAGAAAACAAAUCCCCCAGGAGUAGCCUCACCCUUUGCCCCGGCCUCUCAGUCUGUGAGGCCACACUGGAGCCUCAGCGGUUGCUGAUACCCCAGGUCUGGGCAGUUAGUAGGCAUGUUUCAGCCAGGGGUGGCUGGAUUCUGGGAUCCUGUAGUCAUAGGGGAGAAACUAUCUGGGAAAUGGAUAGGUAUGUAUGUCUGAGUGUGUGUGUGUGUGUGUGUGUUUCUUGGUGGGGGGAGGGGAUCAAAAAUCCAUCCCACAUUGUUCCCAGGACCCACUGUCCCCGCCCCCCUACAAAAAGAGUUUAUAAAAGGCUUUUAUGCUUCCCGUGUAGCUGUGCAUGAGGAGUUGGCCGUAUGUGGAUGAGGUGUGGGCUGUGGGCAUUUCUGGAUUCUAGGAGCAGCCCAUGUACUUACUACUCGCAGGAUAGGAGCAGCUUAGUUUUUUUAUAGAACUUAAUUCACUUUAACAUGGGCGAUGCUCCAUUCACAGAAUCCAGCCCAGCUUGCCUUGAGGAAGAGCCAGGUCGCUCACCACAGUUUUACACAUCUUGCCAUUAAACUGAGUCCGAAGUCCAUUUCCUGGCCUAGAUAAUGCCCCCCACUCCCUGUGGAGUUGUGUACAGGAGAGAUGAGUGUUUUUCUGUCAUAGAUGUCAGAUGUCAUAGAUGGGGACGGGGGAGAGCUUAGAGGCAUUUCAGUUGAGUUAGAAACUGACCUGACUGGCAGGGAAAUGUCUGCCACUUUUCUUACCUGGAAACAGCCUGGGCCUGACCUCUCCUGUCUCUGGGCACCUUUCUGCGGAUAUGGGCAGUGUGAAGACUGUUUUUGUGGACUGAAGAUUUUAAAUGGUGGCAUCAGAGACUUGGAAAUACUGGCUGAUGAAAUAAAAAGUUUAGGCUUUGUGGGCCUGUCUUUUC